AUGGAUUACUCGCGUGAAAACUCUCGUGGAAAUCGUCGAAACGAUGAAGAAGACAGACGUCGCGACAAUCGACGUCCACGAGAGCGUGGAAGAGAACAUGAACAGCAAGAUCUUGAUCAGACGCCAGAAAAAUUACGGUUUAUAGUAAUUGAACUGGUAAUGCCAAGCGUUAGAGAAUUGCCUAUGAGUUCAUCUAUUUACGCUACAUUAGUUGGCCUUAUCAACGUGGGGAAGUCUGACAUAGCUAAGGCCAUAGUCACAGAAACUUCUGAAAUAUUACAGCAAAAUCUGAACGUGGGUGAUUGGCGAGAGGUUAAAUUAACUCUGAAAUUUUUUGCAGAGUUGACAAAUGCUAAUGUGAUUCAGCCGGAAACUUUACUUAAAAUCUAUGGGAAUUUAUUGAGUGUGCUAGAUGAGCCGGUAAUUAAAAAGCGCCGUGCGGAUACUUUUAUAAAAAUCGUUUUAUCCACUUUACCAUACAUUGGCAAACGGUUAAAAGACCGCGAGCCUACAAAAUUUGAACAGAUGUUAAACAAAAUUCAAAGUUACUUUAACGCCAGAACACAGCAAAGUCAAUUUGGUG